CUUCAAGAAGCAGUAUUACCCACUGGCCACUGCUACUGCUACUGCUUCCUAUAAACCUAAUCGACUCUCAACACGUAGUGCCAACGACUUCCUCCAGCUGCUUCUACUCGGACGGUAAAACCUCCACCGCCGCAACCGCAGCUCUCAUUCAUCUAUCGGUUUGAAGGUGAAAAUGGCGUCAACUUUUACUGGCAUGUCCUCAGUUGCUGCGCUGGCUGCCUCUGGGGGCAGAAUACAUGAUAAUAAACUGGGAGCUUCGUCAAACAAAUUGUCUUCUCUGGCUUCUAUAUCUUCUCCAAUCCCACUUGCAUGGAGAAACAAAGCUCUUCUCCGGAAGACAAGGUCUCUCCAAAUAUCAGCUGCUGCUAAGAAUUUGUAUUUCAACAAAGAUGGAUCAACUAUGAAGAAGCUUCAGCUUGGUGUGGACAAACUUGCAGAUUUGGUUGGUGUUACGCUUGGACCCAAAGGAAGAAAUGUUGUUCUUGAAAGCAAGUAUGGUGCCCCCAAAAUUGUCAAUGACGGAGUAACUGUUGCGAAAGAGGUUGAGUUGGAUGAUCCAGUUGAGAAUAUCGGCGCAAAAUUGGUGAGACAGGCCGCUUCAAAGACUAAUGACUUGGCAGGGGAUGGGACAACAACAUCUGUUGUUCUUGCUCAAGGUCUUAUUGCUGAAGGCGUCAAGGUGGUUGCUGCUGGAGCAAAUCCUGUUCUAAUCACCAGAGGCAUUGAAAAGACUACCAAAGCUUUGGUGGCUGAGCUGAAAUCAAUCUCAAAAGAGGUUGAAGAUAGUGAAUUAGCAGAUGUCGCCGCUGUAAGUGCAGGGAACAACUAUGAAGUGGGGAACAUGAUAGCUGACGCUUUGGCCAAAGUUGGUAGGAAAGGUGUUGUGACUCUUGAAGAGGGCAAGAGUGCAGAGAACAGCCUUUAUGUUGUUGAAGGAAUGCAAUUUGAUCGUGGCUAUAUUUCUCCAUAUUUAGUAACUGACAAUGAGAAAAUGACUGUUGAAUAUGAAAACUGUAAGUUGUUGCUGGUUGACAAGAAAAUCACCAAUGCAAGGGAUCUUGUUAAGAUCUUGGAGGAGGCUAUCAGGGCCAGCUAUCCUAUUCUAAUAAUUGCUGAAGAUAUUGAGCAAGAAACAUUAGGGACUCUUGUUUUGAACAAGCUAAGUGGAGUGCUAAAAGUUGCGGCUCUCAAAGCCCCUGGAUUUGGUGAAAGAAAGAGCCAAUAUCUCGAUGACAUUGCAGUUCUGACUGGAGGAACUGUAAUUAGGGACGAAAUUGGGUUAACUCUAGACAAAGCUGACAAGGAAGUUUUGGGCCAUGCUGCCAAGGUGGUCUUGACUAAGGACACCACAACUAUAGUUGGUGAUGGGAGCACACUCGAAGCUGUAAAUGAACGUGUUGCUCAGAUAAAAAAUCUUAUUGAGGCUGCAGACCAGGAUUACGAAAAGGAGAAACUAAACGAAAGGAUUGCUAAGUUGUCAGGAGGAGUUGCUGUUAUCCAGGUUGGAGCACAGACAGAAACAGAACUGAAGGAAAAGAAGCUCAGAGUAGAGGAUGCUCUCAAUGCCACUAAGGCAGCUGUCGAGGAGGGAAUUGUUGUUGGAGGUGGAUGUACCUUGUUGAGGCUUGCAUCCAAGGUUGAUGCUAUCAAGGAAACUCUUGUGAAUGCUGAGGAAAAGGUUGGAGCUGAUAUUGUUAAAAGAGCUUUGAGCUAUCCGCUGAAGCUGAUUGCGGAAAAUGCUGGUGUUAAUGGAAGUGUCGUUAGUGAGAAGGUGCUGGCAAGUGAUAACUCCCGGUACGGCUACAAUGCUGCUACCGGAGAGUAUGGAGAUCUUAUGUCUGCUGGAAUUAUAGAUCCUACCAAGGUGGUGAGAUGUUGCUUAGAACAUGCAGCAUCUGUGGCCAAGACAUUCUUGAUGUCAGAUUGUGUGGUGGUUGAGAUCAAAGAACCGGUGCCAGCAUCUCUUCCCGGAAACCCCAUGGACAAUUCAGGAUAUGGCUACUAAAGCGAAAUCCGCAGUGCAUGAUGAGAGAGAGAGAGAAUCCCACAUUAUAUGGAGCUGGUUCCUUCUCCAAAAGUGAGAGAUGAUUAUUAAAUCCAGCAAAGGUUGGCUGGCUGGAUACGGCUUUGUUUUAAGUUUUAUUUGUAUUUUGGUUAUGGUUUGUUUUUCUUUUCUGAUAGAAAGAAAUUAAGGUUACCAGAAAACCUAUUUUUGACCAUAAACUCUUAUCUGUAUCUCUAUCCAUAUUAGUAUAUAGUUAAGCUUAGCCCACUCACAAUCACAGACACUACAAGCAACUUAAGUUGCCAUUAAUAAAUGAAAGAUCCGGUCCGGUUUCUAUCAGCGGUGCUGACGCGAGCAUUUAGUCAGUGGUGGCAACAUGCCCAAGUGUCUUAUUUAUUUAUUUAUUAUUAAUAUGUGUAGAUGAUACUCCAUCCGUCCCAUUUAUACUAAUCCCAUUGCCCGCCACGUGUCGAUGUCUCAUUGAAGUAAUUUUCAACGGGUGCUUUGAGCCACUGGUCUCCCUCCUUCCAUCUUCUUCUUCCUUUAGCUUCUCUUCCCUUACUCACUCACAAGGAUCAUAUCGUAUCAUAUUUCAACACAUCCAUGGCUGCUGCUGCUAUGGCUUCCAGCAGCUGCACUUCUCUACGCCCCUCCCCACCUCUCCCCACUAGAUUCACACCGCCCCUUGGCUGCUCCUUGCUGAA